CUUGCCUUCCCUUUUAACUGCAGUGAAUCCCAUCCGGUGAGGUGCGAGUGAAGCGUGAGCAUGGCAGUGAGUAACGGGCGCUGGGGAGUCGCUUAAAUACCAGAAAUUGUGAUUCACUGUUGGGGUUGCAUAGAAUUUGGGGUUUAACAUCAUUAAUCAUCUCGCUUGUUCAUCUUCUUCUUCGUCUUUGAUCUUUCUUUCGGCUGUGUUAAGGUGCUUCGUCGACUCUCGAAGCUUCCAUUGCUGAAUCCAAUACCCACUUUUACGAGGGUAUUUGGAAGCUCGAAUCGCGUGACUCAGUUUCCUUUUGUGCUCGGAAUCGAUAAAGCAAAGGGUACCGGUUGGGUUUUUGGCAUCAGAUGUUGAAAGACACCAGCUGCGAUGGUGAUCUUCCCGACCUGGAGAAGCAGUCGGCCAACGCCAAUGCCAACGCCAACCAUGGUUGUGAUCAGACUCCCGAACCAACUGCAAAGUUGUCAACUGCUGUGGACUCCUCUAAUGACGAUGAACGACUGCCCCCUGCUCUGUCUCCCAAAAAGGCAUAUUUGUCGAGGACAGCAAGUUUUGUUGAACUAUGCAGAGUUUGUCAGCAGGAGAAGGAAGAAGUUCUUAUAGAUCUUGGGUGCCAUUGUCGAGGUGGUCUUGCAAAAGCCCACCGCUCAUGCAUAGAUACUUGGUUUUGUACAAGAGGAUCAAACAAAUGUGAGAUAUGCCAAGAGUUAGCUGCAAAUGUGCCACCUCCAGAUUCCCAGCCUAGUACAAAUUACUGGGUUUGGAGGAAUGACGCAAAUUUUAGGCAUCAAGGUCGUGAAAGGAACUGUUUUAGUCCACUUUGGGUGGCAUUUUCAAUCCUCGUUUGUGGUCUCCUGUUGGAUGUGCUGAUAUCCAUUACCCUGGGUAUCUCGGCACUGCCCAUCAACGUUAUAAUCGGUGUCAUUAUUGUUCUUGGACUUGGGACUGGACUGCGAGUUGCUCUGGAUUUCUGUCAUGAGUGGAGUUUGAGAAGAGUUGUGCAGAGAGUGGAAACAAAUGUGAGUCUUGGUUAUCAUCCUGCCAUAUAGGUAAAUUUGUGUACAAGAAAUUCUUCAACUUGCAAGAGAACUCUUAAUUGUUAUGUACUACAGGAUCCCGUUGUUCACAUUGUUUAUGAUUUGAGAUUUGAGAGGGACCAUUUCUUUGUUACCCCACACUUUGAUACAGCAUGGUGAAGUGUGAGGACACUGUUUUCCCCUCGGAACUUUUCAAUGUUUAUGUUUGAGAUGAAUC